CUCCGAUACAGCGAGGUGCUCGUCUUAUCGCGACAAUAUUGCGUGCUUCGAAACUUACAUAGUACAUAAAAGCACAGAAAAGAACUCGAGAUGAUGCCCUCACGCAGCUGUCGAGCUUCAGCCACUAUCACGAGAUGCGCACCACCUCACUUUUCGCAGCACUCGCCGCAGCGAAGACAGCGCUGGCCAAGGGACCAUUCCUCCAGCAGGUCACUCCGACUCAGUGGAUCAUCGGCAAUGACCUGUGGAACGUCACCCAGGGUGCAACCUACGCUACCAAUCUCCAGUAUCAAGGAUCAGACGCAGUAGGCAAAGCACAAGGCCACUAUGCUGGUGUCGACGGAGAAGCCAAUCUGGUUUACACAUCUGCCAAGAUCGUCUCGAACUCUCAAGACUACAUCGAUGUUGCCUUCUCCUCCUCCCUUGGAGACCUUCACUGGGUGAUCUACCCCGACCUAGCCGGCGCCUACCAAUACUUCGUCAACAAAGCACUUCCUGACCUUUCCAUCUUUCGGACUCUGUGGCGCCUCGAUCCAGCCCUUUUCACGUAUGGCUUCAACACUAACAAGAACGAGAAGUUGCCAGACUUUUCCCUCUACGCCAAUGCUCCGGAGAUUCAGGAUGAGACGUUCCAGUUCCCUGAUGGAAGCUAUGUCACCAAGUACGAUUUUGCGAAUUAUGUAAGGGAAAGGGAUUUUGUGGGUGUUUUUGGCGAUCAGACGGGAAGUUGGUACAUCCAUCCGACGAAUGAGUACCAGCCAGGAAAUCACUUGAGCCAGACCUUGACCGUGCACCGCGAAUCCGCAACAGGCGAUGCCGUACAACUCAAUGUUGUGCAAGACACAUCCCAUUUCCGCGUGGGUGUCAAGACACCGCAGCCUGUAGGUAAGAUCUGGGGCCCAUGGCUUUGGUACUUGAACAACGGCUCCGUGUCGGAUGCCCGUACUCGCGCCGCCCACGAGCGCGCAACUUUCCCCUACUCCUUCCUUAACAACACUGCCUACCACUCUCGUGGCUCGAUCAAAGGCAAACUCACUCUUUCUGACGGCCGUCCUGCAGCUGGCGCAGCAGUCUUCCUUGGCGAUACUGACACCUCCAUCCGCCCACUUGUUCAAGGAUCAAACUACUACUACACCACCUUCGCCGACGCCAGCGGCUCUUUCUCAAUCCCCAACGUACGCUCCGGUUCCUACGGUCUUAUCGCUGCAUCGAACGGCGGUGUCAUCGGAGAUGUAUACACGAACUUUACAUCCCCUGUCACCAUCAGCAAAGACAAGACCGCGGACCUGGGAAGCCUGACAUGGACCGUCCCCUUGAACGAGAAGAUCUUCCAAAUCGGUGAUUUUGACAAGAAGGCAACGGGCUUUACAAACUCAGGAUUGCAUGUCCAUGGCCUGACCGAGAAGAGUCCCGCGAACCUCACCUACACGGUUGGCGUCUCGAAGACCUCCGACUGGUACUACGCGUCCUCGAAACUUGGUUCUUGGGACGUCGUGUUCAACACUUCCGCUCCUUCUAAGACCGCGAAGGCGCUGCUGAGUGUGUCGCUGGCUGGCUACUCGCAGUCUACUUCGCUCACCAUCUAUCUCAACGGCAACAAGACGAUAGGCACCAUCACUAAAGACGCUUUGACCAGCGAUCCGGCGCUAUAUCGCUCUGGCACCAUUAGUGGAGAGUGGCGGUUCCUGCAGUACGAAAUUGCUGCUUCAGAUCUAAAGGCGGGGAAGAACGUGCUCAGCUUCACUACAGAUAGGUACACGCUGUGGAGGGGUAUACUGUGGGACAGCAUUAUCCUUGAGUGGAUUGUGUGAUCUAUAUUGGGUAGAGGAUGAUCGUCGGUAGCCUGGAGGAGGUAGUGCG